CCGCGCUCCCCCCACCUCCCACCCCGCUCGGCCUCCUCCGCCCCCCCACGCCCCGGGGUCGCGCAGCCACGAUGCGGCCGCAGGGCCCCGGCUCCCGGCUGCUGCUGCUGCUGCUGGCGUCGCUGGGCUGCGUGCGCUCGGCGCGCGGGCUCUUCCUCUUCGGCCAGCCCGACUUCGCCUACAAGCGCAGCAACUGCAAGCCCAUCCCCGCCAACCUGCAGCUGUGCCACGGCAUCGAGUACCAGAACAUGCGGCUGCCCAACCUGCUGGGCCACGAGACCAUGAAGGAGGUGCUGGAGCAGGCGGGCGCCUGGAUCCCGCUGGUCAUGAAGCAGUGCCACCCCGACACCAAGAAGUUCCUGUGCUCGCUCUUCGCCCCCGUCUGCCUCGACGACCUCGACGAGACCAUCCAGCCGUGCCACUCGCUGUGCGUGCAGGUGAAGGACCGCUGCGCCCCGGUCAUGUCGGCCUUCGGCUUCCCCUGGCCCGACAUGCUCGAGUGCGAUCGCUUCCCGCAGGACAACGACCUCUGCAUCCCGCUGGCCAGCGGCGACCACCUCCUGCCCGCCACCGAGGAAGCUCCCAAAGUAUGUGAGGCCUGCAAAAAUAAAAACGACGACGACAACGACAUCAUGGAAACUCUUUGUAAAAAUGACUUCGCACUGAAAAUAAAAGUAAAGGAGAUCACGUACAUCAACAGAGAUACCAAAAUCAUUCUAGAGACCAAAAGCAAGACCAUUUACAAGCUCAACGGCGUGUCCGAAAGGGACCUGAAGAAAUCGGUGCUGUGGCUCAAGGACAGCUUGCAGUGCACCUGCGAGGAGAUGAACGACAUCAACGCGCCCUACCUGGUGAUGGGACAGAAGCAGGGCGGGGAGCUGGUCAUCACCUCGGUGAAGCGCUGGCAGAAGGGCCAGCGGGAGUUCAAGCGCAUCUCCCGCAGCAUCCGCAAGCUUCAGUGCUAGUGCCCGGGGCUCCGGCCGCCACGGGCCAGCUAGGCUGACCGCCCCGCUCCUCCUGCUGCCCCUGCAGACUGCCAGGCACACCCCGGCCCCUCACACACGGGCCCCCGCAGCCUUCCUGACUUACAAGACCCCAGGGCUCCUCAGGCAAGGAGAGUGGCCUCUCCCAUCAAGGAAAACCCCACCCAAAUCUUGCAGCAAUAUCCAGACUGAUUAGAGCCAGCAAUAUCUUUAUCAAGUUUGAAAGUAGCUCUUUUCCUUUUUUUUUAAUUUCCUAACCAGUUCUGAGGCCUGAACUCGGGGCCUGGGCAU